UUUUUGGAUUUUCAACUAAUCCGAAUAUAUUUUCUUUCUUCAACAAAUUCAUCGAAUCUCAUUUUUUUAUUCUCCUUUUAAGUAUCUUAUCCUCUACUUUCAUUAUUCCAUUUAUUCUAAUAUCUUUACAAAUCAAUGACUCCACAUAGAGGUCGUGCCUCUACUGGUGGUUCGUUUCCGCCGUUCGAUGUUACAUUGGAAGAUCUCAGAACUUUGAUGGAAUUUCGUGGAGAUGAGGCGAGGGAGAAGAUUAAUACAGAUUAUGGUGGCACAGAUGGAUUUUGUCAACGACUUCAAACAGAUCCUAAUAAUGGCAUUUCUAAUAAUGCAGAUGAACUUCACAGGCGACGACAAGUAUUUGGCAAAAAUGAAAUUCCUCCUCACCCUCCUAAAUCAAUUUUUAUGUUGGUCUAUGAAGCUAUUCAAGAUGUCACAUUAAUUAUCCUGCUCAUUGCCGCUGCUGUUUCACUUGCUCUUACUUUUUACCGUCCACAAGAAGAAGAGGGUGGCUCAAGUGAUGACUCUGAACAAGAAGCGGGUUGGAUUGAAGGUGCAGCCAUUCUCGUAUCAGUUAUUGCAGUUGUUUUUGUUACAGCAAUGAAUGAUUAUACAAAGGAAAGACAGUUCAGAGGUCUUCAAAAAAAGAUUGAAACAGAACACAAAUUUGCUGUUAUUCGUGAAGGGCAACAACUCCAUGUAAUUGUUAAUGAACUUGUUGUUGGUGAUCUUCUCCCAACUGAUGGAAUUCUUAUUCAAAGCAACGAUCUUAAAAUCGACGAGUCUUCUCUUACUGGGGAAUCUGAUCAUAUAAAGAAGUCCGUUGAGCAUGACCCUAUGCUUUUGUCUGGUACACACGGUCCUUAUGGAAGGCAGUGGUCGAAUGGUUAUCACUGCUGUUGUGGUAUUAUAAUGACUCUCCUUGGUGCAGCUAAGAAUGCUUUAGAAGAUGAACGAAAGGAAAAACAAAAAGAAGAGAAAAAGACAAGAAGGAGGAGUAAAACAUCAGUUCGGAUUCGUCGUUCAAUUCCUUACACUGGCAAUUCUUUGGAUGGUAAGGAAAAAAUAUAUAAUUUUGUCUUUUUUCUUUCUCUAAAUGUUUUUCUGACCCUACAAAAUGACAUCAAACUUGAUGGCUAUAAUGGCGCAGUUGCUUCAGGAGCAGCAACGGCUGGAAAAAAUGAAAUUGACAUAGCGACAACAAAAAAGGAACGUUCUGUCUUACAAGCAAAAUUGACUCGCUUAGCUAUUCAAAUUGGUUAUGCUGGAUCUUUUGUCGCUGUUUGCACUAUGCUCAUUUUGGUCGUUCGAUUUUGUAUUGAAAAUUAUUUUGUGGCUCAUAAGCCUUUCUCCAUCACCAAUUUGAACUAUUUCAUCAAAUUUUUAAUUAUUGGAGUAACAGUACUUGUAGUAGCUGUUCCUGAAGGACUUCCUCUGGCUGUUACACUUUCUUUGGCUUAUUCAGUUAAGAAGAUGAUGAAAGAUAAUAAUUUGGUUAGACAUUUGGAUGCUUGUGAAACAAUGGGAAGUGCUACAACUAUUUGUUCUGAUAAAACUGGUACAUUAACAACCAAUCGAAUGACUGCUGUUCAGAGUUUCAUUAAUGAAGUUCUUUACAAAGAUACUCCAAAAUGGGAAAAACUUAACGAAAAAACGAGAGAUUUGCUUAUCCAUUGCAUUUCAAUAAAUUCAAGUUAUUCGUCUCAAGUUUUGCCCCCGAAAAAGGUUGGAGAAAAUAUGCAACAGCUUGGUAAUAAAACUGAAUGUGGACUUCUUGGCUUUGUUCUCUCACUUGGUCAGAGUUAUCAGACAAUUAGAGAUGCAUAUCCUGAGGAACUAAUUUUUAAGGUUUACACCUUUAAUUCUGUUCGUAAAUCAAUGUCAACAGUUAUUGAACUUAAAGAUGGAUUUGGAACAACUUUUGGUUAUAGAGUAUUCAGUAAAGGUGCAUCAGAAAUAACUCUUCGAAAGUGCAAAUGGAUUUUUGGACAAAAUGGGUUGGCUCCCUUCUCUGAACAUAACUACGAUCGAUUGAUGCGUGAUGUUAUUGAACCAAUGGCCUCUGAUGGAUUGAGAACUAUUUGUUUGGCCUAUAAGGACUAUAUUUUGAAGAAAGAUGAGCAAGCUGCAGGAAAUGAAGUCAUUUAUGACGGUGAAAUUGAAUGGGAUGAUGAAAAUGCUAUUAUAAAUGAUCUCACUGUAAUUGCAAUUAUCGGCAUUCAAGAUCCCGUUCGUCCAGAAGUCCCUGAGGCAAUUGCCAAAUGUCAACGAGCAGGAAUUGUUGUACGUAUGGUUACUGGAGACAACAUAAAUACAGCUCGUUCGAUUGCAACCUCUUGCGGUAUUUUGAAACCGGGCGAGGAUUUUAUUGCACUUGAGGGAAAGGACUUUAAUGAAAGAAUUCGAAACGAAGAGGGAGAAGUUGUGCAAGAAAAGCUUGAUUUAGUUUGGCCAAAACUGCGUGUUCUAGCCCGUGCUCAACCGACGGAUAAAUAUAUUUUGGUCAAAGGAAUCAUCGAUAGCAAAUUAAGUGCAAAUCGGGAAGUUGUUGCAGUGACAGGAGAUGGAACGAAUGAUGGCCCUGCAUUGAAGAAGGCAGAUGUUGGUUUUGCGAUGGGGAUUGCUGGAACUGAUGUGGCUAAAGAAGCUUCAGAUAUUAUAUUAACUGACGACAAUUUCACUUCUAUUGUUAAAGCUGUAAUGUGGGGCAGAAAUAUUUAUGAUUCUAUUGCCAAAUUUCUUCAAUUUCAAUUAACUGUUAAUGUUGUUGCUAUUGUUAUUGCAUUAGUUGGUGCUUUAGCUAUUCAGGAUACACCAAUAAAGGCUGUUCAAAUGCUUUGGGUUAAUCUGAUUAUGGAUACUUUGGCUUCGCUUGCACUUGCAACUGAACCACCUACUGAGGAUCUGUUAAAGAGGAAGCCUUAUGGUAGAACAAGCCCAUUAAUUUCACGAACAAUGAUGAAAAAUAUUAUUGGCCAUGCAAUUUAUCAAUUAACUGUGCUAUUUACUUUAAUAUUUGCUGGUCAUAAAUUGUUUGGCAUUGAAAGUGAUUUGAAAGCUCAACUCCGUGCUCCGCCUGGACAACAUUUUACUAUUGUCUUCAAUACUUUUGUUAUGAUGACUUUAUUCAAUGAAGUUAAUGCCCGUAAAAUUCAUGGAGAAAGAAAUGUUUUUAAGGGUUUAACUACCAAUCCAAUCUAUUGUGCUAUUUGGAUAAGUACAUUUUUGGUCCAGAUUCUUAUAAUUGAAUUUGGUGGUCAUGCAUUAUACACUGACCCAUUAACUGUAGAGCAGUGGCUUUGGUGUAUUGUAUUUGGAGUUGGUUCUCUUCUUUGGGCUCAGGUAGUUGCCACAAUACCAGCAAAAGGAUUGCCAAAAGGUUUAGCAAUUGGUGGUGGAGAAGUUGAACCUGAAACUGCCAACAUAUUAACUGGUGAUGAUGAUGGAGAGCCCCAUGAGAAACGUUCUGGACAAAUUCUGUGGAUUCGUGGUCUCACUCGACUUCAAACUCAGUUGCGAGUUGUCAAGGCAUUUCGCUCUUCAAUUGACGAAUUUGACGAACACAAUAAUUCAAUUAGCAGCGCUCAUUCUACUCAUUCUAUGAGAGGUUAUCGUUCUCAUCAUAAACGAAACUCGGGUUGUUCCUUUUCUUCACAACAAUACCCAUUUUUUCAUUCUCGACAAGGAAAAUUUAAUAUUGGAAUUGGUAAUAUUGGGAGCCAUAAUAAUGACAAUCUUCAGUCAGAUGAGGGAAGUAGACUACUUUCUUCUUCUCCCCCUCCUCAAUAUUCACCAAUUCCUACAUCGACAACGCCUGUUUCUGUUUCAUCUCCUUCACCACAAAAUGUUGUAGUUGAAAAUGGACGACAAUUUUUUACUAGAAAACAUUCUGAUAGAUCAAAUUCUGCUUGUUUAUCUUCUUUUAAAUGUGGUAGUAGAGUAAACACAAAUAAUGAAGAUGGAGAAUUAAAUGAAAGAAUACCUUUAGUUACUAAAUAUAAUUUAAAUAAUAAAGGAAUACAAACAGGAAAGGCAACAACAAUUAAUAAUAACAAUGCAAUUCAGAAACAGCAAUUACCUUUAGUUUCUAAAGCUUAUAGCAUCGAUUCACCAAUGACCAGUGCUCAUUUGUAA